CUUCCUCUUGCCGCUGCUGCUGCUGCCGCUGCUCCUCCUCCUCCUCCUCCUCCUCCUCUUCCUCCGCCUCCUCCUUCGGCUCGGAGGACGACGUUGGACGACGACCGAGAGGACGCGAUAAUCGACGAGAGGAAAACGUGCACCGACGGCGAGCGAGCAUCACCGAUACUGCCGCUGCGAAGGCGAUGUUGCGUUUCUGCCCUCGGAAAUACGUGCAAGACGACGAGAGAGAUUACGAAGACGAGAGGCUGCCGGCGAGCGACGCCGACUACCUGGACGCCGGUACCGGCAUUCUGGCCAUCGACCUUCCAUCGAGCACGACUAUCCGCGAUUAUCGUUCUCAUCGCUACGACAACUAUUGUCGCUGCUAUAGCCGUGAUCGAGCUUUCAUCGUUGACCGAGCGAAACGCACGCGGAAAUCGCCUACGCACCCGCUAACGGCCAAAGAGGAUUCGCCGGGAGCUAGAAAAAAGCACGAGGAUAAAGGCAACUACUUCCGAGUCGGUGCGCCGGCUUGCGCGUGACCAAGAGCCGGCCCUCGUUACUACUUUUACCAACACGCUACGCGCCUAUCAGUCGAAGCGCGAUCGUUCCAACGACCGCCGUGUCUUUUCUCCUCCGUUCUCGUUACUACUUGUGCGCGCGCGACCUCGUCGAAUACCGAAGAAAAUUAGCGAUUUUUCUUCCUCGAUCUUCGCCACCCUUUCUUUCUUCUCUCUCUUUUCACGGCACAAUCCACGAACGCGAUAUCUUUACGCCGCGCGAGUGCUGCUGCUGCAAGUGCCGGCUUUUCUCAAUGGUGCAGGUCGGUGCAUCAAACUCUUGAAAAGCGUCGCGAGUGCUGCGAAGACAUACAGAGAGAGAUAGAGAGGGAGAAGGAGAGACGGACAGAGACGGACAGAGACAGAGAGAGACAGAGAGAGAGAGAGAGAGAGAGAGACAGACUGAAAACGAUAGAACUUCUAUCGCAAUUUCUUAAAACACGGACGCAUCGUCUUCUUGUUGUGUAAAAGAGAGAGAGAGAGAGAGAGAGAGAGAGAGAGAGAGAGAGAGAGAGAGUGUGUAUAGUAGGGAGAAACGAGAGGAGCGCCUUCGGGAGUAUCUUUCUUUCUCUUUCUAUUCGCGUUACACUCUCCACGAACCUCCUCGCCCCUUUCCCCGGACUUCCUCUUAGUCCCUCUCCACCGCCACAUGUCACCGAAUUUCGAGCCAUAGCGUAUAUAUGUUUAUCGUAUUUCCCUUCUUUAUCUAUACCUGUAUAUGUAUGCCUAUGUAUAUAAAUGCACGUAUACCAAUAUAUUGUAUAUAUAUAUAUACAUACAUAUAUCACACGAACUCGUUAUAAAAUAUAAGGACGUGCGCGCGUUUGACGUGAGAUUAAAAGGCGUACAAAGUGCGAAAGCAGUCCGUUAACGAGAGAAAGAAGCAGAAAGAAGGGAGAAAAGUGUACCGCUUCUUCGUUUUCUUCGUCCAAAAAAGAAGAGAAAGGGAGAGACGGAGAGAGAGAGAGAGAGAGAGAGAGAGAGAGAGAGAGGAGGGGGCGGGGACGGGGAAAAUCGACGUUUCGUGCUCCGCUGGCGUCAUCGCUGCACGCUAAUCUGCCUUUUUUCCUACGUUAUCUUCGUACGUCGCAUCGAGUGCCGUUGGACGAAUAUUUCAAUGCGACUCCCUCGAUAAUAAAAGCCAAGCCGUACAGUUCGAGGACCUUCGACCAUGUCUCUUCUCAACGUCAGAGUGAAGAAGGCGCGGUUCGUCUGCGAGGAAGCGGAUGACUUCAAUUCGUACGUAACGCUGAAGCUGCAGAAUGUAAAGUCGACGACAGUCACCGUAAAGGGGGCCAAUCCAAGCUGGGAGCAAGAUUUCUUAUUCGAAACAAACGAUAUGAACGCUGGCCUGCUAGUAGAAGUUUGGUGCAAGGGAUUUCUCUGGGAUCGUUUUCUCGGUUACUACUUCAUCCCACUUUCGGAAGUGUCCUACAUGAACGAGGUAACGUCAAAUAAGACUUUCGAGACAUCGGCGUUAAAACAAGAGCAACGCGUAUCGUCCGAUAACAACAGCAAUACACAACCACUCGGCGACACUCGGACGGAGGGCUCUGGACAGUGGGUCGGCUUGGAUUCCGAGCUCGAAAUGAGGGGUGCCGAAAUCGUUGGCACGAAAAAGCCGACCGGUCACUCUCUUCUAAUAGACUGUCGAUUGGAGCUACCUUUCGUGUCUGACCAAUCAGGAAAGAGCGAUCGACGAACCGGAUGGAAAGCCCUGCUAACGAGCGAAACGGCAAUGCAGUUGCGAGCAGCUCGGCCCAUGUGUGGCUCAGACCCGGAGAACACGGAAGCGGCCGAUCUGCAGAGGAAACUGGAGAUGCUGAACAACAUGAUGGACCAGGAAGCACGGGCCGAACAGGCGCGCCGACAGAUAUUGUACAAUAUAGGCCACUCCGGUUAUUCGGAGGAUUCCGACUACACGUCGGACCUGAAUUAUCCAGUUGGAGGACAAGGGGCGAACAGCUCGGCCUCGCAGUUCCGUAGCGCGGCGAAUCAAUUGGCUACUCCUCAGAGGUCUCUCGAAACCUCCAGGGAAAACAGUUACGAGAGGGACGAUCAUCAGAUUCCAACGACGGUCGGUGGACGAUUAGCCAGCGGCGGUAGUUACGGCGGUGGUUAUGGCAGUCAAAGUCAUAGUCCGAGAUACGACGAGCCGUAUCCCGAGGAAUGUCUGCCUCAGCGAUACUCCGUACAGCAUUCUUCGGAAUGUUCCGAGCCACUCUUCUAUAAUAGUAGACCGAGACAUUACAAAGAAUACAGACGACGGAAGCACACAUGGGAUUACGAGGACAGUCAAGAUGGUUGGUACAGCGAGGGCUACGACUAUCACGGUACGCGGCUCGACGACACGAGGAUCUACAGCGACACCGAGUACUACCCAAUUUCGACGACGACCACGUCGCGAAGAAGAGGUCCUCAGAGACGGCCGUCCUUGGAAAGACAGAUGACCCUCUACGACGAGCAUUCGUACUUCACCGAUGGCUACAGCAGCGACGGUAGAACGAGCAAGAUGAACGCCACUUAUCCGGAAUGUCAAACGGACAUCAGGUAUAACGAGUACUACGACACUAUAACGGGAUACGUGUAUCAAGACGAAAGGUAUGGUCAGGACGACGAGGACAGACAAUGGGACAGCGGAGGGAAGUGGUAUUCGGGCACGAGCACUUACUACGAGAACAAACGAAAUAGGAAAACGCUUCCGCAAAGGCCUGCGUCGAGUAUCGGUAUUCAUCGACCCGAUUACAGGCCGACGGUCAUCAGGCAACGUAGCUACGACUCGGAGGAACUGGAUUACAGCGGUCACGAUCGUCGUAGAAAAGCGCUGCAGCCGCAGCAACGUCCAAUGUCUCGCCAGGAAGGAACCGGCAAGAAGCUACCUCCGACACCGACCAAACCGAGCAACGUCGUCGUUGGCCGUAAACUCGCCUCUCUACCUGCUACGCCGAGCAGACAACUGCCAAAGACUAGAACGCCCUCCGAGGAGAGCUACUACAAGUCUGACUACAACGAGGACUAUAAUUACGCUUAUCGCAGUCAGGAUAAUUUGCCGCAAGACAACUCUCACUCCGCGAACCUGUACGCUACGCACCAGGAUUCUCUCGAUCAGGCGCACAUUUCUGGCAAGAAUCGGUAUACCGACAUGAGCCAGGACAAUCAAUACGCCAGCACUUACGGGGGCCAGCUCGACGAUCCGUACGCGUAUCAGCAAGAUUCGCAGACGCAAGACGCCUACGAUCGAUCCUACGUGCAAAACUCGUACAAGGACGAGUAUCGGCAAUCGUACGUGCAAGACAAGAACGUAGAUAUUUAUCAGAAAACGUACGAGGAAACGACUUAUCCUAACGCGAGCCAAGCGAACGACCAAUACACCGUUUUACCUAACGAUCAGUAUACGAAUAUCUCGAACGAUCAGUACGACAAGGGCCAGGACAUGAUAAUCGACAAUAAUUAUCAAGUCGAGAAUUAUGAUCGGAACAACGUCCAAUAUCAAGAGACCUAUAAUCAGGAGGAAACCUAUCAGAAACAGUACGACGAUUACGUUCCGUCGAGCGUCUACGACCAGAAUAACGUGUCGAAUGCUUACAAUCAAUAUCAGCAAUACGAUUCCGAGUACAAUAUCAGUACGUCUACCGAUUAUCAAAACACCUAUCAAGAUAAUACGUACAAUGAAGUGCCUGUUACGACUCAAGAUAAUUAUCAGGAUGCUUAUAUUAAGCAACAGCAAGACGAUUAUACGAAUUACGACGUUCCUUAUACCAAAGAGGAGACCGUACCGACGACGUAUCAAAACGAUUAUCAAAAUCAAUAUGAAAAUUAUCAGGAGGAGCAAUACGACGAAUCUGCUUAUCCAGAAUCCUAUCAAGAAUCCUAUCAGGAAUCUUAUCACGACUCUUACGAGGAACGUUAUAAAGGAAGUUCGGCCGCUGUCGCGGAAAGGAGACAGAGCGAAGUGCCGGAAGUAUCCGUUACCACGCCGAAGGGUCAGACAAAAACCAACGGUUAUCCGUCUAGCGAGUCGGAAUAUUUGUACAAUCAGGAAAACGAGCAGGUUUCGCAGAUAGGUGCGUCUAGGAGGAAGAAGCUCGGUAAGCGCGAGCCCAGUCCGCUUUUGCAACAAAACACGGACUCGCUGGAAUCGAGGGACGACGAAUUAAAGGAUUCCUUCGAAACGGCCGUGAGUUCGGUCGAGAGUAGUCAACCUAGGAAAGCUUACAGCGAGUACUCGACCGCGGGUGACUCUAGUCCUGCCGCGACCACUCUGGUCGAUUCGCCCCAGAGUACGACGCAGCCACUUACGAGCAUGGUAAAUCACGUCGCGAGUAUGGAUAAUCACGUCGGCAGUAGCAGCAUCAUCACGGUUACAGCGACGGUUCAUUCUACCUCUGGCGCGAUAAAUGGCAAACGAUUGGCUCGAACGGAAUCGUAUCAGGAAGAAGCGAUCGAGGACGAGGAUUAUCCCGAAAUCAUUCCAACGGAGCCCCAGAGAAAGGAUUCUCAACUGUCCCAUCAGAGUCAGCUCAGUCAACACUCGAGUACGCAUUCCCAGAAACCCAAACUCACGAGAGGCGACUCUUACGCCUCCGAUCAUUUCCCCGAAGAGUCCUACAGUAGAAGAGGAUCCUAUGCUCAGUCUAUCAGAAAGGAAUCCGUCUCUUCCGCCACGCAGGAAGCCUUCAAACCGCCUCUGACAAGGACCGAUUCGUAUCAGAGCAGAGGGACCGGUUACGCGCAAAAUUUCACCGCUCCUGAGCCAAUAUCAAGAGCCGAGGGUUAUCAGAGAGGUUACUUCAAGGAUCAGGAAACGAUUGACGAGAGCGAGAUUACGUUGAGCAACCAGGUCAACGGGGAGUACAAAAUGAGGGACGAAACUCUCGACAGGUACGAACGCGGAGAGGAAGCGAUGAUUCGUAGCUCUCGAGAGAACUCGCUGCUCGAUGCGUACAAGACGUCUCCACCGUUGUCGCACACCGACAGUCCACGCGGGAGUAUAACGAAGCAAGCGUCGUUGGAGGAGAGCGUGCAAAUGGAUACACCGCCGCGAAGUCCACCGGAACCACCGCCCGACGAGGAACUCUUGGAGAUGGUCGGUGCCGUGCCCGUCCCAACGCAACUUAAGGAACGACCGGAGAUAAAAAUGACACCGCGGCAACGUUGGCACUGGGCCUACAACAAAAUCAUCAUACAAUUGAACGUGAGUACAAAAUCUUUGCGUUCGUCGACUCUCUUUACUCUUCCUUUUUUUUUGCUCGCGCAUCGCAACUGCCGGCGUACGUGAGAACGUUGAUGUGCAGGUGAGUCUUAUCGUUUAUUUUCAGUGCGCACGAUGCUUCGUCUCUUAAUUAUAAUUACAUGGGUAGAGAUAGAAUACGAUACGUUCGAUUACGUCACGGCGAGCAGAGUUUAGCCGCCACGCGAUAUGCCAUUCAACGUGCGACCUUCGACGAUCGUAGGUAGGAUAUCAAAAUUAAGAUAGGCACGACGCACGUCGCCUUGUUCUCAGCGAUCACGAACGAGCGUGACGGAAAGCGAAGCUUGACUCGAAACGUUUACGCGCUCUAAAGUAUACUCCUGCGUAUUUGCGUUGA